AUGCUGCUCAAGGGUCGGGAAGGGGUCAUUCCCGCCUCAUGGGCAUGGAAGAAGAUGAUGCGAUUUGUCGUCACAAUCAUUGCCAUUGCAGGCUUCGCAGCCUUGCUCUGGCCAUCUUCCCCGAGAAAGACUACCACCGUCGCCCCGACGCACGCUCACUCCAACAUCACCAUCUCCGCCAACGUCAAAUGCGACCCCGACCCCGACAUGUUGGACCGCCUGGGCGUCCGCAAACUGGCCCAAUAUACCCGCCGAGAGUUCGUGGUCGACUUCACGGAGGAUCCUCUACAGAUGAGACAACGGAUCGAUCAGCCCCUGCUGGAUGUCAAGGUUCGCGGAUCCGGUCACAAAAACGAACUCGGCGAGCCGCAGGACGGCUGCACGAUCCCGGCGCCGGUCGCAGUCGUGGCCCCCAAACCCCCCAAGAUGGCCGAUGCCUCUCACAUUGACUUUGGCGUGGCGACCUCGGUGUCCCGAUUGAAUGAGUCCCUGGACCAAUUCGCCCAUUGGGCGGGAUACACUCGCACGCGCAUCUUCGCUCUCAUUGAACCUGAAGAGUCAAAGACCAAGGCCGGCAUUGCCUACGUCAAGGCCAAGGCGGAUAACCUCGGUAUCAACCUGUUCAUCACCGAAUCGGAGGAUGACUAUUUGCACCGGUACUUUGCCCUCGUCGCCCUGUUGGAGGAGAACAUGCGGGAAGGAACACGGUGGGGAUGCAUCAUCGACGACGAUACGUUCUUCAUCUCCAUGCCGGCAUUGGUCAAGGCGCUCGCUGAAUACGACGACACCAAACCCCUGUAUAUCGGCGGUCUAUCCGAGGGAAUCCCACAGAUCGCAGUCUUUGGUAUGAUCGCGUUCGGAGGCGCCGGCGUCUUCCUCUCGCGACCACUACUCUCCGACCUAGCCACCGUCUACGAUGAGUGCGAACAGAUGACCUAUACCGGUGAUCGUCGCAUUGCAAACUGCAUCUAUCAAUAUACGACCACCCGGUUAACCGUGGAUCACCGCCUACGUCAACUCGAUCUGAUGGAGGAUGCAUCUGGUUUCUUCGAGUCCGGCCGUGAACCCCCACUUUCAGUGCACCACUGGAAAUCCUGGUUCCACGCCGACAUGCCCAAGCUCAGUGUGAUUUCUGAGCUAUGCGGUCCUUCGUGUCUGCUGCGCCAGUGGCAGUUUAGCGAUGGCUGGUUCUUGACCAAUGGGUUCUCCAUCGUUCAGUACAGCUUCCCCCCGGAGCAGAACGACCUCACGAUGGAGAUGACCUGGGAACCGCAUAACGGUGCGACCGAGGAGUCAUAUCUGCAUGAACUGGGUCCACUCCGUCGCAAGGACGAUCAUAAAGUCAGUUAUCUGUUGGAAGACUCUGUGAUCGAGGAGAAUGGCCGUGUUACCCAGUGGUAUAUCAAGCGCGACAAGAAAGAAGGCGAUCAAAUUGUCGAACUCUCCUGGCGAAAGCGGUAG